CAGAGGCCUGUGGGAGUGACCAGCGGGGUCCGUGGUCAGUGUUCCCCAGUGGAGCUGCACCGGUCAUGUCUGCUGCUCCUGAGGAAGAUGAUGGAGCUGUGAUCCCCAACAAACAGAUGAAGAUCACUACAGCCAACAACCUGCAGACACGAGCGGGGCCCAUCUCUCUCUCGACUCCCAUCACUAAGGUGGUGAAGAACGACUCUUACACUCCUCCUUCAGUCUCAGUGCCACCCGCUCGCCCCCCCACACAGAGCCUACAGCCCGUCUGCAGAACCACCGUCAGCACACAACAGACCAGCAGAGACACCAGCGGCCCCACACUCACACCUGCACAGCCUGUCUUCAGUCCUCUGGAGGGCACAAAGAUAACGGUCAACAACCUUCACCCUCGAGUGACGGAGGAGGAUAUAGUGGAGCUGUUCUGUGUGUGCGGGGCGCUGAAGCGGGCGCGGCUGGUGAAGGCUGGCGUGGCUGAGGUGGUGUUUGUGCGUAAAGAGGAUGCAGUCAGCGCCUACAGGAAGUACAACAACCGCUGUCUGGACGGUCAGCCGAUGAAGUGUAACACCUGCAUGCAGGGGCAAGCGUGA